AUGUCGCCGGCCGCCGGAGCUCGCAUGCCACUGCUGCCGGGGAACAAGCCUAUGAGGCGGGCAACGGUGGCGGGGGCAGUGUUCAACGUGUCGACGAGCAUAAUUGGUGCCGGAAUUAUGUCAAUACCGGCCACUCUCAAAGUGCUUGGUGUCAUACCAGCUUUUCUGCUUAUCGUGAUCAUUGCUUUCUUGGCUGAUGUCUCGGUUGAGUUCUUGAUGAGGUUUACGCAUUCCGGCGAGUCCAUCACGUAUGCUGGUGUUAUGAGAGAGUCUUUUGGGCAGGUGGGAUCUGUGGCAACACAAAUAUGUGUUAUGAUCACUAAUCUUGGGUGCUUAAUCAUGUACCAGAUUAUAAUUGGGGAUGUUCUAUCUGGAAACGGGUCUUCAGGAACAGGACAUUCAGGGGUUCUGCAAGAGUGGUUUGGAAUCCAGUGGUGGAACUCACGUGAUAUUGCUAUCCUGUUCACUCUCGUGUUCAUUUUUCUGCCACUGGUCUUGUUAAGGCGUGUAGAAUCUCUCAAGUACAGUUCUGCCAUAGCGGUUCUUCUUGCUGUAGUUUUUGUUGGCAUAAGUUCUGCCAUGGCAAUCUAUGCCAUCUUUGAGGGAAAAACCAGCAACCCAAAGUUGAUACCAAGCUUGGACAAACAAACCUCCUUCUUUGACCUUUUCACUGCUGUUCCAGUCAUUGUCACGGCCUUCACUUUUCAUUUCAAUGUUCAUCCCAUUGGUUUUGAGCUUGGCAAGCCCUCUGAUAUGAUAUCAGCGGUCAGAAUUUCACUGGUGCUUUGUGCAGCAAUCUAUUUCUCCAUUGGUCUUUUUGGGUAUCUUUUGUUUGGAGAUGCAAUAAUGAGUGACAUACUUGUCAAUUUUGACAAAAGUUCAGAUUCAGCAGUGGGUGCUCUGCUUAAUGAUGUGGUCAGAUUAAGCUAUGCACUUCAUCUGAUGUUGGUUUUCCCACUGUUGAACUUCUCUUUAAGGGUCAACUUAGAUGAACUUCUCUUCCCUAAAAAGCCACUUCUGGCUACAGAUACUAGAAGAUUUGUGAUCCUCACUCUUGCUCUGCUAGUCUUCUCUUACCUCGCAGCAAUUGCCUUCCCAAACAUUUGGUAUAUCUUUCAGUUUCUGGGAUCAACCUCCGCAGUCUGCCUUGCCUUCAUUUUCCCUGGUGCUAUUGUUCUAAGGGAUGUACAUGGCAUAUCUACAAGAAGAGAUAGAAUCAUGGCGACUAUAAUGGUGUUCUUGGCAGUAGUUACAAGCGCAAUUGCCAUUUCCACCAACAUAUACAACUUUUUGGGGAACAAGUCAUGA